UGGUCCCGGUGCCGUCACCAAGGCGACGUCCGCCGCGGUGACUGUCAAUUUUGUUACUUCCGCCUCGAUCCGCCCACCGCGCGUGCUCAAUUAAAUUGGAUGGGGACGUGCGGAGGUCGGAAGGAGCCUGAAGCUGCGGAGAUGAUCAGACGGGUGCAAACAUGGGCGAAGAUACUCCGUGACUUACGCUCCCACGGCCAAGGCACGGGCGAGCCAUAGUUACGGGCCGAUGUCAGUACUCUGUGGUACAUAGGGCAAAG